CGGCGUACGUAGCGCAAAACGUAAUCAAAAAGAAAAAAUCAGAGCAGCGACAAACAGACAAAAAAAAGCAGCUUCUUGCAUAGAGAGAGAAAAAGCUCGAAUAAAUCAACAUUACGCACAUCAAGGCAAAGCAAAAGAAAAAUACUAAGUCAGCUGUGACAUUUUUCAUCAUCACAUUUUUGGGAGUAAGCAAACAGUAGCAGCGGCGAACAGACCAAGCACCACGAGCCGAACGUGAGUCAAAACUGAAAUCCAACGAGAAGCGCACAACACAAGUUUUGAGUGCUGCUUCUCAAACAGCAAAAGACGAAAGAGGAAUCGAAACAACAAUAGCAAAAACAAUAGCAAUUCGCACUCAGUACUCACUCCGUUUGUAAUGGCUCAACUCCGUUCGCUAAGCACUCAGCGUACAACAAUUAAAUUCGUUUGCUACACUCGCAAUAGUAGCGGCAGCAGUAACGGUACUUUUGCAGCAGCAGCAGCCGCCGCAGCGUCUGUUAACAACGGUAAACGUUAUCAGCAAAGAUGUUUACAUACAGCGACAUGCAGCAGCAGCGGCAGCAGGAUUGGCAGCAGCAACAUUCUGCAGCGACAACAGCAACAACAGCUGCUGCUGCUGCUCUGGCAGAAUCAAUUUGUGAGCAGCGCGCGCUGCUUACAUUCGGCAGCGCGCGAACAGCAGGCACAGGUGGCAAUCGCUGAAGUGUUGGACGAGAGCGGCAGACGGGGAGCAGCGAAGGGUGCUGCGAAGUCGGUACAACCGCCACAGGAAGGCCAACCGCAACGCGAUCCACUCGAUGUGAGCUUCAAUGAUCCAAUUGCCGCAUUUAAGAGUAAGACAACGUGGGAACUCGUCCGCGCCUAUAUGGUCUACAUGGUCUGUUCGAGCGAGAAGCUCGUCGAGCAUAACAUGAAGCUUUUAAAAGUCGCUCGUACCGUGCUGGGCAGCAGACUAUUUGUGAUUCUGAUGAAGUCCAGCUUUUACGGGCACUUUGUGGCCGGCGAAAAUCGCCACACGAUUGUGCCCACGCUUGAGAGACUUCGCUCGUUUGGCGUCAAGCCCAUCCUUGAUUAUUCCGUCGAAGAGGACAUCUCCCAGGAGGAGGCCGAGAAGCGUGAAGUUGAAUCUUCCGUUUCGAGCGCCGGUGAUAAUGUGAAGGAUGCGGGCGCCUUGCCCCAAUAUCAUGUGGACAAAUCAUUUGCCGAUCGUCGCUACAAGGUGAGCAGCGCUCGCACCUAUUUCUAUCUGAACGAGGCCACCUGUGAGCGCAACAUGGAGACCUUCAUCAAGUGUCUGGAGGCGGUUUCCGGCGCCACCUUCGGAACUGGCAUCACAGCCAUCAAACUGACCGCACUGGGCCGUCCACAGUUGCUGUUGCAACUAUCCGAGGUCAUAAUGCGCACACGUAAAUAUAUGGAGGCACUUGUUGGCGGUCAGGGCAAUGUGCUCACCCAUCACAAGACCAUUAAGGAUCUCGAGAAGUAUUAUGCCAGCGUUGGCGACAACAAGGAUGUGCAAGCGUUCUUGCAGAAUGUUACCUCGGACAAGGAGGGCAUAUUGCAUCUGUUUCCCUGGUCGGGCAUUGUGGAUGAGGAUUCACAGCUGAGCGAUACAUUUCGCGUACCCGAUCCGAUAACGGGUCAAAUGCGUCGUCUGAUCUCACAAAUAGAGCCCAAAGAGGAGGAGAUGUUUAGAAAUAUGAUACGUCGUCUAAACACAAUUGUAAAGACUGCUGCUGAGCUGGAUGUGCGCAUUAUGAUUGAUGCAGAGCAAACUUACUUCCAGCCAGCAAUCUCGCGCAUUACGCUUGAGAUGAUGCGCAAGUACAACAAGGACAAGGCCAUAGUAUUCAAUACCUAUCAAUGCUAUUUGCGUGAGGCCUUCCGUGAGGUGGGCACUGAUCUGGAGCAGGCGAAGCGACAGAAUUUCUAUUUUGGCGCCAAGCUGGUGCGCGGUGCAUACAUGGAACAGGAACGGGCACGCGCCCAAGCGCUGGGCUAUGCCGAUCCGGUGAAUCCCAACUUUGAGGCCACCACAGAUAUGUACCAUAAGACGCUAGCCGAGUGCCUGCGUCGUAUUAAGGUACUUAAGGAUUCCGGCGAGGAUGCUCGUAAAAUUGGCAUCAUGGUUGCCUCGCACAACGAGGACACUGUCCGCUUUGCCAUUGAGAAUAUGAAAUCCAUUGGCAUUUCGCCGGAGGAUAAGGUCAUCUGUUUUGGUCAAUUGCUAGGCAUGUGUGAUUACAUCACCUUCCCGCUGGGUCAAGCCGGCUACUCGGCAUACAAGUAUAUACCAUACGGCCCCGUUGAGGAGGUGCUGCCAUAUUUGUCGCGUCGCGCCCAGGAGAACAAGGGUGUGCUCAAGAAGAUCCAAAAGGAGAAGCGUCUGCUCGCCAGCGAGAUACGCCGUCGUCUAUUCCGGGGACAGCUCUUCUACAAGCCCAAGGGCAACUAUGUGCCCAUCUAAGCACAGUUGGCCAAUCCAACGGCCAAUCGACCGAUACUCGAUUAACCCCACAAAUACACGGACAUCUCACUGACAAAAUGACAACAAUUGACAACUGGAAAACACCUGAUCAUUGAAUGGACACCGGAGAGAGACUGCUGCGAGCAUGCUUUUCAAUUCAACAAAAAUUGUUUCAUUUGUUCAUUAUACUCUCUAAAUGUUUUAUCGCUGGACACGCCCCAUAUAUGCAUCUAUAUAGUAUGUGGCAUAAAUAUACAAUAUAUGUAUGUAUACACAAGUGAAUCUCCGCAGCAAU